CGACUCAAAAACAAUCUCCCAUUUGCAGUUACAGAUUUUAGGUUACGAAGAUUGCAUUAUUAUUGUUUUAAUCCGUGAGAUAACAAUAUGGCGUCGAAAUUUUGGAGUAAUCAGGCUGAUAGUGAGACUGAAUCUGACGUGAGUGAUCAUGAGGAAGAUUAUGAGAAUGAGGGACAGGAUGAUGCUAAUGUACCGGAUCCAAACAAGUAUCGCAUCGGUGAUAGCGAUAGCGAUGAUUCGGAAGUUAAGCGUGUUGUUAAGCCUUUGAAGGAUAAGCGGUUUGAGGAGUUGUCGAUGACGAUUGAGCAGAUGAAGAAUGCGAUGAAGAUUAAUGAUUGGGUGAGCCUGCAGGAGAGUUUCGACAAGAUUAAUAGGCAGCUUGAGAAGGUUAUGAGGGUUACGGAAUCUGAUCGGGCGCCGAAUAGUUAUAUCAAGGCGUUGGUGAUGUUGGAGGAUUUUUUGAAUCAAGCGAUGGGGAAUAAGGAGGCGAAGAGGAAGAUGAGUAGUAGUAACGCGAAGGCGAUGAAUGCGAUGAGGCAGAAGUUGAAGAAGAAUAAUAAGAUGUAUGAGGAUUUGAUUAGUAAGUGUAGGGAGAAUCCGGAAAGCUUUAAGGAUCAAGAAGAAGCGGAUGAGGAUGAUGUUGACGACGGCUUUAGUUCAGUGAGUACUGAACCGUCAAUAGAAGAUACUUUGUCGGAUGUUGAUGUCAUUGAUGUUAAUCAACUCGUUUGGACGACAAUGAUGAACAAGAAAGAUAAGUUAAUCGAAAAACAGUUUAAGGAUCCAAGCCAGGUGACUUGGGAUACGGUUAACAAAAAGUAUAAGGAGGUUCGUGCUGCUCGUGGUAGAAAGGGGACCGGAAAGCUCGAGCCCGUUGAACAGCUUACGUUCUUGACCAAGGUGGCAAAAACGCCUGCGCAGAAGCUUCAGAUCUUGUUUACUUUGGUCUCCGCACAGUUUGAUGUUAACCCUGGUUUAAACGGUCACAUGCCGAUAAACGUGUGGAAGAAGUGCGUGCAGAAUAUGCUUGUCAUACUCGAUAUCCUCGAGCAGUACCCAAACAUUCUGGUUGAUGACACCGUUGAGCCCGACGAGAACGAAACCGAAAAAGGAACGGAUUACAACGAGACCAUACGUAUACGGGGAAACCUUUCAGCCUUUCUUGAGAUGAUAGACGCUGAAUUUUUCAAGAGUCUGCAGUGUAUCGAUCCUCAUACUCGUGACUAUGUAGAACGGCUUCAAGACGAACCCUUGUUUUUCGUUCUUGCGCAAAACGUUCAGUCGUAUCUCGAACGCGUUGGCGACCACAAGGCUGCAGCGAAGGCAGCGUUAAAGCUUGUAGAACUCGUGUAUUACAAACCGCAAGAAGUGUACGGUGCCAUGAGGAACAUGGCUGACCAAUCUGACGAUAACAUAGAAGAAUCCCGUACCGAAUCAAAAGCUUUCGUCAACACGCCUGAAGUUGUGCCUCGGAAACCGAGUUUUCCGACAAGCAGCAGGGAGCUGAUGGAUAUGCUAGUUUCGUUUAUAUACGCGCAUGGUGAUGAACGGACCAAGGCCCGUGCGAUGCUAUGUGACAUUUACCACCGUGCGGUUUCGGAUGAGUUUUCUACGGCUCGUGAUUUGUUGCUUAUGAGUCACUUGCAGGAUAGUGUUCAGCAUAUGGAUAUCUCGACUCAGACACUGUUUAAUAGGUCAAUGGCUCAGCUUGGUUUGUGUGCGUUUCGGGCUGGGCUUAUUUCUGAAGGACAUGGCUGUCUUUCUGAAUUGUAUUCGGGCGGUAGGGUGAAAGAGCUUCUUGCACAAGGUGUUUCUCAGAGUCGUUAUCAUGAGAAGACUCCAGAACAGGAACUCCUGGAAAAGAGAAGACAGUUGCCGUACCACAUGCACAUCAACCUCGAACUUCUCGAAUCCGUACACUUAAUAUGCGCCAUGCUUCUAGAAGUUCCGAACAUGGCAGCAAACAUUCACGACGCAAGGCGCAAAGUCAUAAGCAAGACGCUAAGAAGGUUACUCGAAAUAAAUAACCGACAGACAUUCACCGGGCCCCCUGAAAACGUGCGCGACCACAUCAUGGCAGCCACUCGAGCCCUUAGCAAAGGCGAUUUCCAAACAUCUUUCAAUGUCAUCAACUCGUUAGAUGUCUGGAAGCUUCUUAAAAACCGUGAGUCGGUUCUCGAAAUGCUGAAAAACAAGAUCAAGGAAGAAGCUUUACGGACGUACCUGUUCACCUAUUCAUCAUCAUUCGAGUCGCUAAAACUGGAACAGCUUUCGAAGAUGUUUGACCUGUCUGAAAGUCAAACGCAUUGUGUUGUUAGCAAGAUGAUGAUCAAUGAGGAGCUUCAUGCCAGCUGGGACCAACCUACACGGUGCAUCGUUUUCCGUGAAGCUGAGCAUAGUCGGUUACAGGCUCUGGCUUUUCAGUUAACCGAAAAGCUAUUGGUUCUUGCUGAGAGUAACGAGCGAGCCACCGAGGCGAGGUUCGGUGGUGGUGGUGGUGGGUUGGAGUCUCUGUCGUCAAGGCGGCGUGAGGGUCAGGACUAUGCAUCGGUUGCAGGCGGGAGUAAAUGGCAGGACAAUAUGUCGUACUCACAAGGGCGGCAGCAGUCUGGUUAUGGCGGUGGUAGAUCGUAUGGUCCUGGUCAAAGCUAUCAAAACCGGGCUGAUCAAUCUAGAGGUGGGUAUCAGAGCACACGGUACGGUGGUUUGGAGGCCAGAGGCGGCCAGAUGGAUGGUUCUAAUCGCAUGGUGAGUUUGAACAGGGCGACUCGCGUUUAGUGGUAUACGCUCGGCUAAAAAUCAAUUUAAUAUAAACUGCUUGUUUUUUUUUUUUUUUUUUUUUUUUGCAAUAUUUACUUUUACUGGGGUAAAACAAUUUUCCGACACUUUUGAUUUUCUUGUUGGGUAUUUUAACAAAUUCAGAUCAUUUGAGAAAAA